GAACCAUGGACAAGGAGGUUACUUCUGAAAUGGUAUGGACAUUCUAAUCAACGGGAUUUACACCAUGAUUCUGAUAUGUUCUUAACACUAUUUUGGCAAUUUGGCUUUUGGUUAUAUAAUACACUCUUUUAAUUUCUGAUGAAAACUCUAGUUUAGUAAAGAGGCAGGGCAUCGGGUUGAGGAGACUAUAUUCAAAAUUAUCUAUGUUGCUCCACCACAACCACAAUCACCGGUUCAAGAAGGAUUAGAAGAUGGCUCUUCACCAAGUGCUUCUGUCUCAGAUAAAGGAAAUGCUUCUGAAGUUUUUGUUGUACGUAUACAUUUCCUUUUGUAUUGCUUUCCUUGUUUUCUAGUAUACCCCCUUCUUGAUCGACGACCAUCUACCACUCACUUUCUCUAAUGUACGGAUAAGGGACCGUCCGUUGGCAUCGUAGAUUUAAUCAGAAUGAGUGACGAGCUUCUCAUCAUCGAUCCUGUCGACGUUCAAUUCCCUAUUGAACUGAACAAGAAAGUGUCUUGCUCUCUCAAUUUGACUAACAAGACCGAAAAUUAUGUGGCCUUCAAGGCUAAAACGACCAAUGCAAAGAAGUAUUAUGUCAGGCCUAAUGUUGGUGUUGUUCUUCCAAGAUCCUCUUGUGAAGUGUUAGUGAUCAUGCAAGCACUAAAGGAAGCUCCGGCUGAUAUGCAGUGCAGAGACAAGUUAUUGUUUCAGUGUAAAGUGGUGGAACCAGAAACCACGGCCAAGGAUGUUACUUCUGAGAUGUUUAGCAAAGAGGCAGGGCAUCCAGCUGAGGAGACUAGAUUGAAAGUUAUGUAUGUUACUCCACCACAACCACCAUCACCGGUUCAAGAAGGAACAGAAGAGGGCUCUUCACCAAGAGCUUCUGUCUCAGAUAAUGGGAAUGCUUCUGAAGCUUUUGUUGAUAUGCUAAGAUCCUUGUUGGUUCCGUUAUUUUCCAAUGCUGCCUCCUCCACGGACGAUCACGGCAUCACUCUGCCGCAGUACCAAGUGUUCAUCAAUUUCAGGGGAGACGAGCUGAGAAAUAGCUUUGUUGGGUUUCUUGUAAAGGCCAUGAGAUUGGAGAAGAUCAACGUGUUCACUGACGAGGUUGAGUUGAGGGGUACAAAUCUAAAUUAUCUUUUCAGGAGGAUCGAGGAAUCGAGAGUCGCGGUGGCCAUCUUCUCCGAGAGGUACACAGAAUCAUGCUGGUGCUUGGAUGAGCUUGUGAAGAUGAAGGAGCAGAUGGAACAAGGCAAACUCGUGGUGGUUCCCGUUUUCUACAGAUUAAACGCCACCGCGUGUAAAAGAUUCAUGGGAGCUUUCGGAGACAACUUGAGGAAUCUGGAGUGGGAGUACCGGAGUGAGCCUGAGAGAAUACAGAAAUGGAAGGAAGCUUUAUCAUCAGUUUUCAGUAACAUAGGCUUGACGUCGGAUAUACGAAGUAAUGAGAGCAAAUUUGUCGACUCAAUCGUUGAGGAAGUGAAGAAAGUGCUAAUCAAGAUUGGUACCGAGGAAAGAGAACUCUAAGAAACUUCCACCACGACUAGCAAAACGUUCGAAGGAGAAUGAGAAGAGUUUGAUAUGACCCCUAGUCCCUAGAUUUUGGAGUCGAAGAAGAGCAAAGAGGUGCAAAUGUAUAUAUCAGGCAGGUUCGAUUUAGUUUAUUAAUCUUCAUUGUUAUGAAAAUUAUUUUUGUGAAAAUUGAUAGUCUCCGGUGAUUAAUUUAAAUUUACAUCUCUUCAUUUAUAUAUUCAAAAAUUUACGUAAAAACUGUUUUCUUUUUAAAUUAUUAUCGACUCGCAUGACCUCUUCCUUGCUUAAGGAUACUAUCAUAUCUUACAUUUUGGGGCAUUCUUUUCUACAACCUUUAGAAGAUUUGGACUUGUCUCCCGUUUAUCCUUUUUUUUUUCUCUAGCAGACAACUUCUUCAAAGAUCAUCUUCCAUGGAAGUUUCCUCGUUUAACAUUGACCGAUGGUACCACAAUAUAUAUCAAGCGUUCGUACUUCGUAGGUUUUCUUGUGCAAGAGACAGCAAACGUAUCUUUAGAUGAUCAUGACCUGAGAGACAGCCCUUUGGUUACAAACUAUGUUUGCUUCACUACUCCCAUAAAUGAUUUGCUAAAAUUCCAUACUUUAUUGAUAUCUCUCUCCCAUAAGGUUUCUUCAAAAGUACAUCACUCGAGUUUGUUUUUUGCAACAAUGUAUUUGUUCGAGUUUGAAUCUUUCACGUUUAUAGUUUGGUUAUCUCCUACUUAGUUUUCUCACUCGGAUAUUAAAUUUUUUAAGACUGUUAUAUUUGCAUA